AUGGAGAACGUUUUUACUGUAUCAUCAGAUCCUCAUCCCCCUCCUGCAGCCCCUCCUUCACUUUCUUUACCUUUAUCUUCAUCUUCUACCUCAUCUGGGACUAAAAAACAAAAGAGGACCCCCACGUAUCAGAGAUCUAUGAGCUUUGAUCCAAACCUUCUCCAUAACAAUGGACACAAUGGGUACCCCAAUGGUACUUCAGCAGCACUGCGUGAAACUGGGGUUAUUGAAAAACUGCUAACCUCUUAUGGAUUUAUUCAGUGUUCAGAACGUCAAGCUAGACUUUUCUUCCACUGUUCACAGUAUAAUGGCAACCUGCAGGACUUAAAAGUAGGAGAUGAUGUUGAAUUCGAAGUAUCAUCUGACCGGCGGACUGGGAAACCCAUUGCUGUUAAACUGGUGAAGAUAAAACCAGAAAUCCUCCCUGAAGAACGAAUGAAUGGACAAGUUGUGUGCGCUGUUCCUCACAACUUAGAGAGUAAAUCUCCAGCUGCCCCGGGUCAGAGUCCAACAGGGAGUGUAUGCUACGAACGUAAUGGGGAAGUGUUUUAUCUGACUUACACCCCUGAAGAUGUCGAAGGGAACGUUCAGCUGGAAACCGGAGAUAAAAUAAACUUUGUAAUUGAUAACAAUAAACAUACUGGUGCUGUAAGUGCUCGUAACAUUAUGCUGUUGAAAAAGAAGCAAGCCCGCUGUCAGGGAGUAGUUUGUGCCAUGAAGGAGGCGUUUGGCUUUAUUGAAAGAGGUGAUAUCGUAAAAGAGAUAUUCUUUCACUAUAGUGAAUUUAAGGGUGACUUAGAAACCUUACAGCCUGGAGAUGACGUGGAAUUCACAAUCAAGGACAGAAAUGGUAAAGAAGUUGCAACAGAUGUCAGACUAUUGCCUCAAGGAACAGUCAUUUUUGAAGAUAUCAGCAUUGAACAUUUUGAAGGAACUGUAACCAAAGUAAUCCCAAAAGUACCCAGUAAAAACCAGAAUGACCCAUUGCCAGGACGCAUCAAAGUUGAUUUUGUGAUUCCUAAAGAGCUUCCCUUUGGAGACAAAGAUACAAAAUCCAAGGUGACCCUGCUGGAAGGCGACCAUGUUAGGUUUAAUAUUUCAACAGACCGACGUGACAAAUUAGAACGAGCAACCAACAUAGAAGUUCUAUCAAAUACGUUUCAGUUCACUAAUGAAGCCAGAGAGAUGGGUGUAAUUGCUGCCAUGAGAGAUGGAUUUGGUUUCAUCAAGUGUGUGGAUCGUGACGCUCGUAUGUUCUUCCACUUCAGUGAAAUUCUGGAUGGGAAUCAGCUCCAUAUUGCGGAUGAAGUAGAGUUUACUGUGGUUCCUGAUAUGCUCUCUGCCCAAAGAAAUCAUGCUAUUAGGAUUAAAAAGCUUCCCAAGGGCACGGUUUCGUUCCAUUCCCAUUCAGAUCAUCGUUUUCUGGGCACUGUAGAAAAAGAAGCCACUUUCUCUAAUCCUAAAACCACUAGCCCAAAUAAAGGCAAAGAAAAGGAGGCUGAGGAUGGUGUUAUUGCCUAUGAUGAUUGUGGGGUGAAAUUGACUAUUGCUUUUCAAGCCAAGGAUGUGGAAGGAUCUACUUCUCCUCAAAUAGGAGAUAAGGUUGAAUUUAGUAUUAGUGACAAACAGAGGCCUGGACAGCAGAUUGCAACUUGUGUUCGACUUUUAGGUCGUAAUUCCAACUCCAAGAGGCUCUUGGGUUAUGUGGCAACUCUGAAGGAUAAUUUUGGAUUUAUUGAAACAGCUAAUCAUGAUAAGGAAAUCUUUUUCCAUUACAGUGAGUUCUCUGGUGAUGUCGAUAGCUUGGAACUGGGGGACAUGGUCGAGUAUAGCUUGUCCAAAGGCAAAGGCAACAAAGUCAGUGCAGAAAAAGUGAACAAAACACACUCAGUGAAUGGCAUUACUGAGGAAGCUGAUCCCACCAUCUACUCUGGUAAAGUCAUUCGCCCCUUGAGGAGUGUUGAUCCAACACAGACUGAGUACCAAGGAAUGAUUGAGAUUGUGGAGGAAGGGGAUAUGAAAGGUGAAGUCUAUCCAUUUGGCAUAGUUGGGAUGGCCAACAAAGGAGAUUGCCUGCAGAAAGGGGAAAGUGUCAAGUUCCAGUUGUGUGUUCUGGGCCAAAAUGCACAGACUAUGGCCUAUAACAUCACACCCCUGCGUAGGGCCACAGUGGAGUGUGUGAAAGAUCAGUUUGGCUUCAUUAACUAUGAAGUAGGAGAUAGCAAGAAGCUCUUCUUCCAUGUGAAAGAAGUUCAAGAUGGCAUUGAGCUACAGGCUGGAGAUGAGGUGGAAUUCUCAGUGAUUCUUAAUCAGCGCACUGGCAAGUGCAGUGCUUGUAAUGUUUGGCGAGUCUGCGAGGGCCCCAAGGCUGUUGCAGCUCCACGACCUGAUAGGUUGGUCAAUCGCUUGAAGAACAUCACCCUGGAUGAUGCCAGUGCUCCUCGCCUAAUGGUUCUUCGUCAGCCAAGGGGACCAGAUAACUCAAUGGGAUUUGGUGCAGAAAGAAAGAUUCGUCAAGCUGGUGUCAUUGACUAACCACAUCCACAAAGCACAUCAUUAAUCCACUAUGAUCAAGUUGGGGGGAUUCUGGUGAAGGGUUCUGAAUAUCCUCCUCUUCAUCCCUCCCAAAAUCUGGAAUACUUAUUCUAUUGAGCUAUUACACCAGUUUUAACACCUUCCUCGUGUUAUGUUUAAAAAAAAAUAAAUUAAGAAACCAUUUUAAAAUUAUGCACAGUUGCAGCCUGGAAAACUUAAGGUGGCGCCUUAUAGUAUCAAUCUUAGGAGCUUUAUUUGGUGCAUUUAACGCAACUGGUAAUUGCAAAAUCCACUUCGCCUGUGUAAGUGAAAAAUAUAGACUGUUAUCUUGUUGGCCCUAUGAAAUUCUGCACUUGGUAUUUAGCAUAUACUCUACCUUCAUUACUAUCUGGCAAGAUGUUCUGCCUUAGCACUCAGCUGCAUUCUUUUCCUUUUCUUUCCUGUUCAUUAUGCUUUAAUUCUGAGGACCAUAUGAGGGUAGAAUAUAUUAAAAAUUACAAAAAUUAUAAAAAUUUGUAUAGGCAAACCAUUUCCUUAAGUUGAUGGCCAAAUGUUAAAAUGUUAUUUUUCAUAUCAUUUAUAAUCUUGUCACAGUCCACUUAACAAAGUUUGGUUAGAUUUCAGUGAAAAUUAUCUUCCAGAGUAGUUUUUUUUUUUUUUUUUUUUUUUUUUUUUUUUUUUCCUGGGAUUAGGGAGGGGGGUAACUUUACUGCAAUUAGUAUGUAUGGUGCAGAAUUUCAUGCAAAUGAGGUGUGCCAGCAGUGUGGUAAUUUAAUCGUAUUUAAACAAAAACAAACAAAAAAAAAACGAAUGCACAAACUUGCUGCUGCUUAGAUCACUGCAGCUUCUAGGACCCAGUUUCUUUUACUGAUUUAAAAACAAAACAAAACAAAAAAAUAAAAAAAGUUGUGCCUGAAA